UUCAUUAAUGCUCGAAAAUGUCGUACAACGCAUGCGCAGUCGGCAAUACACGGAAGCGGUAAUUGGCGCAAAAAUAUGCGAGUGUAUUUCGUCAAUUAGCAAAACAGGUAAGUACAUGCCAGUUUUCCUUUUGGUUUAGGGCCAAAACACAAGAAUACAUUAAAUACUUUUAAAUAAAAUGCACUUUGUCAGACAUUUGGUCGCUAAGGGCGAGCAGUUAAACAAGUAGCUUUCUGUAUCAAAUGUUGCUGUGGAGAAUGACGUCGCGAUGAACUGUAGCAUUGAACUUUAGCGACAACGUUUCUCAACAAAUGUAACCACAAGUCUGCUCUCCUCAUUACUGUUACAUUUUCUUGUACUUUUAAGGUCCAUCUGUCUGAGAGAAAAGGUGAAUCUAAAUCAGGUGUUGUUGGGGAAAAGAAACAGAUCAUAUAGGACAUUUCACUGCAUGCAUAAGAAAUGGCUUCUCUCCCAACAAUGAAGAAUAUUUCCAAUGCUGAGAGUGCCUUCAAAGCAUCCAAGAAACACAAAAACAAGAAAAUGAAAAAGGAAAAAAAGGAUAAGAGCAAAAAGCGUGUGCCUGACUUUUUGUUGCACGAUGGCUGCCAUGAGGCAGUGUUUACACAAAUGCAAGACAUCAAGAAAAGAAAAAAGCCAAAGAAGAAAAGCAAACCGAAGGAAGACUUUCCGCAACCUAAAUUAAAUAAACAGCUCAAACAACCCGAAGAUAUGCACCAAAUUCAGCCUGUUAUCUACAUCUCCCCUGAUCAGGAGACACUACAUUCAACUGAGAAGGAGUGUUAUAGAAGCGUGAAAUGUAAAAAGAGAGUAAUUUUCAACUUGCUACCUGAGCAGAGCCAAGCUGCAAAGACAAAUGAUGAAGAAUUCAGAAAGACGAGCCACAGCAAACGUUUUGUUGGUGAAAGCAGCUUGGAAUCCAUCACAGCUGAAGAAAUGAACAGCCAAGACCUGUUUAUUACACAGAAAUCAUUCUUGGAUCCAUAUGUGGAGAUCUCCAGCACCUCAAGCUGCAGUGAGGCCACUACCGUGAAGGUGCCAGAGAAUCGCUCAUCUAGGUCGACAGCUGAAGCAACCACUCAAACCGAAAACUUCUUUACCUUACCAGCACUCACCACCUCUCUCAGGUUUCAGCAGCAGCAGAACACAUGCAAAAGCCCAGAGGAACCGGUAGACCUGAGCCUGCUGAACAGAACAAGACAAAUGCACGGCCCAAAACAAUCCGCUGUAGAUUCUGCGAAACCACCCAAGCUGAAGAUAUCAGACACGUCAAGUGAAGACGGCGAUAUGGUGCCAAAGGCCAAAGGUGAUCUGCCCCAGCUGAAGGUCAUCCAGACCCGCUUGAACGAGUCUUUCUUUUUUAAGGUGAAGGGCGAAGAUUCACCCAAGCCCAUAUGCCCUUUGAUGAAGCUCACGGAAAGUGUUGAGAAAAAGAUGAAGUAAAAUCAGACAAAGCUAAGAUUCACAAAUUCACAAUGGGAAAAAAAAGCAGAGUUCUGUGCACAUACAUGAAAAGUCAAAGCUUUGUUAUUUGCGGUUUUAUUUUGUAUUUUACAUUGUUCGCUUCAAUGUUUAUUCAAUGUUCUUAAAUAUGAAUCUUCACUGUGUUUACAAGCAAGCAUUGUUCACAACAAUUUGUCCAAUUAAAAUAGUCUGUGGAAAAAACGAAACUACAGUCUUAA